AUGGCCAAGCGCUCACGAGAGGACUUUGAGCCUUCAUCCCCAGCUUCUGGGAAUCUAGGAGAGCCUGCAGCUCAUUCUCUACCCGUCGCUUCUCACAACGCAACAGCACAAGCAUCCUCGCCCAAGAUUGUCCAGCUGGAUUCUGGAGGCGGUGAAGCACAUCCAGCGAUUGAAAUGCGAUGCUCUCUCCCACCACACCGACAAACGCUCUCGUUUUCGUCUUAUGAGGAAUAUGAAACCCAUUACAACAAGUCCCACGUCCAUCGCUGUUUAGAAUGCAGGAAGAACUUUCCCACCGAGCAUUUCUUAAAUCUCCAUAUCGAGGAAAAUCACGAUGCAUUAGUCAGUGUUAGAAAGGAAAGGGGAGAAAAGACUUAUUCAUGCUUUGUUGAAGACUGCGAGAAGAAGUGUUCCAACCCACAAAAGAGACGGAUGCACCUGAUCGACAAACACCUUUUCCCCAAGGACUACGAUUUCUAUGUAGUAAACGAUGGCAUCGACCAUAGAACUUCUAUGCUAAGAAUAGGGAGACAUCGCAAAAGGAGCUCAGCCGCCCAGCACCUGGCGGAAAUCGAAGAAAGAGCAAGACGACGCAGCUCCACACUGGAAACAGUCGCUGGGACGGAUAGGCAAGAGUCUAGCGAUGAUGCAGCAGAAGCUCCCGCAGAAAACAAAAUUUUGACGCCUCGGGACGUCAAUGUGGAUAUAGAAGGUUUAACAGGGGCCAUGUCUGCACUUAAAUUCGUGCCGCCGAGUGUGAGAUUUGGUAGGGGG